CGGCUGCACCACGUGGAUCAGACAACAUACCACCAGUUUACUUACCAAGUGCUACUACAAAACUUGAUAUUCACAAGAAAUACGAAACAUCAUGCCUUGAAUCUGUACCAACAAAAAGGGCUGUUCAUUAUAAAACUUUCUGCAACAUCUGGAAGCAAUGUUUACCACACAUCAAAAUUGCAUCUCCACGCGACGACGUUUGUGCAACUUGUGAAAAAUUAAGAAAAGUUGUGAUGGAUUCCAGAACCGAGGAUGAAAAAUUGCAGGGCACCGCAAAUCUUAGAGAGCACAUUGUCAACGCACAAAAAGAAAGAGAAGUCUACAACACAUGCAUUGCAAAUGCUAAAGGUCUGUUUGAGACAGGGGACAGGCGACAUUCUCAUUUCACCUUUGAUUUCAGCCAGAAUUUAUCGCUACCACACUAUUCAAGACAGAUGGGGCCAACUUAUUUUAUGACAUUGCGCAAAGUGCAAUUGUUUGGUGUACGCAAUGACGGAACAUCAACACAAUACAACUUCCUUGUAGACGAGAAUGAGACUAUUGGCCCUGAUGGUACUCAAACUCACGGACCUAACGCUGUUAUCAGUAUGGUGGACUGGGUGAUAGAAAGGGACCAUGCGGAGGGACCAACAAUUUCACUACAUGCCGAUAAUUGCCCAGGACAGAAUAAAAACUACUAUAUGCUGGGAUAUUUAAUGUGGCGUGUUCUGUCUGGACGUCAGGAGAAGAUUGAGUAUAUGAUGCAGAUACCUGGUCACGCUCGCUGCCAUGUUGAUGCUGGCUUUGCCCGCAUAAAAGAACUUUACCGAAGGACAGACACGGAUGCUCUUGGCCAACUUACGGAAGUUGUAAAUCAAUCAUCAUCUACAAGCCAGUGUAUCCGUUACCCUACAUGGACAUGGCGAGACUGGAAAGGAUUUCUGAAAACGUACUUCAAACCGCUCGAAGGCAUCAGGUAAUUUAAGAGUAAAAAGUCAGUUUUGCGUUUUUGUCAGCUUAAGUAAAGAGAUAUUGUAAAAUAUACUUGAACAUAACUAUGAAGUGCAUACAUUACAGUCAAACUUAUAUAUAAAGAUCAAUCGGGUAUGGUCUGUGGUCUUUAUUGACGGGUGGUCUUUCUUUACAGGUUAAACACACUGCACUUUGAAUGUGAUAAUUUGAAACAAAAUAUGUGGUCAUGUGGUUCCUAUUCAGAGGUAGUAUCUAACAUAUGUUUGACUAUACAUGUUAAGUAUAACAUUUUAUCAUCUUGAUUGAACAAAUUUAAUCCUUAAAGUGCUUCUAUAGUUAUCAUUAUCAUACAAAUUUUCAUAAUGACA